GCAGAUUCCCUCAAAUACAGAACAUCAUGAUUCGAAUAGCAAUAGCAGGUUCUGGUGGUCUUGCACAGACUUUUGCCUACUUUAUUAGUCAAACCACUCACCCGUUCAUCAUAUUAUCGAGAACACCACAGCCAACACUAACAGCUCUUGAUUAUCAGGUCGUGGUUGUAAACUACGAAAACCAAGAUGAUCUCCGCUACAGUCUGCAAGGCAUAGAUCUUGUCAUCUCAACCGUCUCGGGGAAUCCUCAGAUCAAUCUUAUCGAUGCAGCGGCAAAUUCAGGGGUUCGUCGCUUCGUCCCAUCAGAAUUCGAAAGACCGCCAGCUCGUCGAAGACCCAACAAUCUUCUAGAUCGCGACAAGUCACAUGGACUUGAUUGGCUCCGUUGGUGGUCGCAACGGACCCACAUGCGUAGUACUGUCUUUACAUGUGGCGUCUUCUACGAGCGAUUUGCUCGCGGUGGCUUGGUAUCUAUGGGUAUUGGAGCAUCCACAAGCGUCGCGUAUCAGGGAUCCUAUUUGGUGGAUAUAGGGGAGGGUACUGCCGAAGCCGUUGAAUACAACAUGGCUGGGCAGCCAAUUUUCGUCUCAAUGACCUCUGUCAACGAUGUGGCUAGGUUCCUAGUCGCUGCCAUAGAGCUGGGACUACAUGACUGGCCUGGCGAGUUCCGCAUGUCAGGCGAUCGGAGGACAGUUUCUGAGAUUCUGAGCUGGUCCGAAGCUGUUAGAGGCGGGGUUCCAUUUUCGACCAACAUCAUCAAGGCGCAGGAUCUGAACACCCAUCUCAACCACGCUACUAAUGGCCUGGACUACUACAGAGUAGCCCGAAUUCAAGAGCUCAUUGCUACCGAGCAACGUUGCUACGAUUUUACAGCACCAAAUCUCAAUGCUCUCGUUGACGUCAGACCGAUCUCCUUUUGGGAUUGGUUGAGCUCCCAUUGGGCAUAGUAUGUACUUUGCUACAGAACCUGCGACCCGAAUAUCCCAAAAGCGAACCAGGUUAGAGGAGAUUGGCCAUUCAUGGCAGGCUCCAGUUUGGUUGAUUAGGCAGGCAAGGAGAAUGAGGCUUUUGGUUUCUUGUUUGUUUCAACGUGAAGGCUAAUUUCUUUCGACAUGAAGGAAAUGAAAGUUUGAUGCAGCACAUGGUCUUGUUACCUACUAACUAAUACCUUUAUAUUCCG